UGUUCCACGGUGGUAUGGCGCGCCGGAACAAGAAGUUGACGCUCAGUACGAGCUGCACAUGUUCAGCGACGCCUCCGAAUUAGCGUUCGGUACCGUAGCAUACAUCAGAGUAUUGUCCAGCGGCUACUAUCACAGUCGCUUUGUGAUGGCUCGCACUAGGCUCGCACCUCUGCGACAGCUGUCGAUAGUCCGACUUGAGCUGCAAGGUGCCGUCAUGUCAACAAGAGUAGCCAGUCUUAUCAAAAGGGAAAUGAACUACAACUUCAAGCGAAUCGUCUUCUGGACAGACAGUCAAGUGGUGCUGCAGUUUUUGAAGAACGAAAGUCGGCGAUACCACACAUUUGUGGCGAAUCGUGUAUCUGAGAUUCACGACACGACAAGCCCAGAUCAGUGGCGCUUCGUGCCAGGCUCAGAAAAUCCGGCAGAUCUCUGCUCAAGAGGAAAGUCUCUGGUCAGAGUUGAAAAACCAGCAAGAGUGGUGGCUAGGCCCAGCGUUUCUAGAAAGCAAAGAAGAGCACUGGCCACCACAAGAAGACGUAGGAGACAUCAGUCCAGACUGUGUAGAAGUCAAGAGGUCAGCAGCCAUCUGUGCGACAAGUCAUGCUAGUUCACCAAAAGAAGAGAUCACUUCUCUACUGUCCCAGCUCAUAGACCCGGCGCGGUUCUCUUCAUGGACUCGUUACAGACGCAUUGUCGCAUGGAUAAGGCGAUUCAUCAGCAACGUGAAGAGCAAGGUUGCUGGCACAGAAGUCAUUGAUGGUCCACUACGCAGCGCAGAAAUUGAUGCGGCUGAAAUCAGCAUAAUAAAGGACGAUCAAGAAACCUGCAUGAAACAAGCUAGUCUCGACCACCUGUCUCCAUUCCGAGAUCAACACGGCCUCAUGAGAGUUGGUGGGCGCCUGAGCAAGACUUCGUUAGACGAGUACACGAAACACCCCGUCAUUCUUGACGCCAAGAGUGAGAUCACCAGACUGGUCAUUGUCGAUGCACAUCAGCGAGUCAUGCAUUGGGGAUUGGAAAGAACACUUUGUGAGCUGAGAUCGAAGUACUGGGUGCAACGGAUGCGGUCAGCUGUGAAGAAGCACCUGUGGAAGUGUGCAUUCUGCCGUAACCGCCGCGCCUCGCCUCAGCCACCCAGGAUGGCAGACUUGCCAGAGGCCCGUCUAGACAUGAGACGUCCGUUCAGCACAGUCGGACUCGACUUUUUCGGACCUCUGACGGUGAAGAAGUUUCGAAAGACAGAAAAGAGAUAUGUGCUGCUGAUCACAUGUCUCGCCACUCGGGCCAUCCAUUUGGAGCUAGCUGCUUUGAUGGACACCAGUAGCUUCAUCAUGGCACUGCGCCGCUUUAUCGCACGAAGAGGUAGACCUCGAACUAUCUACUCGGACAAUGGCACUAAUCUAGUCGGAGGCGAAAGAGAACUGCGAGAAGCCAUCGAACAUUGGAAUCAGGCACAGAUAUCCGAUGCUUUGAGUCAGAGAAACAUCCAGUGGGUGUUCAUCCCGCCAGCCGCCCCGCAUAUGGGCGGUGCAUGGGAGCGUCUGAUCGCCUCGGUGAAGCGCUCCCUCAAAGUGGUUCUAGGAAACAAAUGCGUCUCGGAGGACGUUCUUCAGACGACCCUAGCGGAGGUCGAAUUCAUGAUCAACGGCCGUCCUCUGACCUACAUUAGCAGUGAUCCUCAAGACCCCGAACCUCUUACGCCCAACCACUUCUUGUUGGGCUCAUCUGAUGGAAGAGAAGGACUACCGCCAGGGGUAUUCAAUGAUGCUGAUGCUGAUGUUGUUGGACGGAGGAGAUGGCAACAAGUACAGAUCCUCGCUGAACAUCUGUGGAAAAGGUGGCUCAAGGAGUACCUUCCUACGCUGAUAAACAGACAGAAAUGGAAGACAGAGAAGAAGAAUCUGCAGAUAGACGACGUAGUUUUGGUCGUCAACAGUCAGAGUCCUAGAGGAUACUGGGAAUUGGGACGCAUCACAAGAGUCUACCCAGGCUCUGACGGAGGAGUCAGAUCAGCGGAAGUGAAGACAAAGAGUGGGACGUAUGUUCGCCCGACAACGAAGUUGUGUCUCUUGGAGAGUCUCAACUAAGCCUCUAAAUCGGAAUCAUCGGAGAAUCCGUGCGACGGGGUGCACGGCCAACUGGCCCAAUAUGUGAUGCUCAUGUGAGACGAACCGUGAAAGUAAUGUUGAUCUUGAUGGAGGGGGUACGUUCUGUGUUCGAAGACAUUGAUAAUGAUCCGCGUGGCUAGCACCCACAUUUGUGACCUGCGUAAGGUCAACGCGAGCCGUGACAGAAUCGGCAUGGGCCGUUAGUGCUCAGAGCUGACACGGUGUGGUCGUUAAGUGCAGAGUGAAAGACACCGAGGGGUGUCAGGAACGUGUGGCCUGUAUCGCGAGUGACAUGUUUCGUGUUCCCCCUUGUGAACACUGGUGGGGGAGGAUGUCGCGACCGGGGGGUACUGUGCGUUUGUUGCCUAGCAACGAAAUUGUUGUCAUAUUUUUGUGCUUAGAAAAUUAAGGAAAAGGGGGCUUUUGGAUGAGAAACUGAUUGAAACGGGGUCAUUAUUAUAGCUCAUUCUGAAACAGUGAAAGUAAAUAUGCAAAGCCAAGGACGAUGCAUUCACUGAUUAACAAGUGUCAAAGUGACAUUCAAGAAAGCUUUAUCUUUAUGUUUCAACUUAUUUCUUAGUUUAUUUUCUCUCGUUAGCCGCAAUGUGCGACUUUUGGAACGGUGUUUUUCAUUUCGAUCAAGGAGCGAAGUGGAUCAAGCCUGUACCAAAAUAAACAUUGAUUUCGAAAGUGCAUUUGCGGCAUUAAGUUUCAUAUUUUUUA